AUGGGCGCCGUUUGCAGCGUGCUGGUGCGGGCGCUCGCUCGAUGCAGCCAGCUAUUUGUCAGCCCUGGCCCCAAGGGCGUUGGCCACCCCGCAAUUCUGGAGGCCAUCUUCCAGCGCCUGCCGGCGGGCGCGCAGUGCAUGACCGUCGGCGCGCUCAGCCGCAGCUGGCGGGCAUGGGCGGCGCCCGUGCGCGCCGAGCUGCAGCUGCGCGGCGGCGCGCCCUUCGCCGCGCCGACCGGCAGCACCGACCCCACCGACACAAAGUACCACCGGCUGGCGGCGUUUGAGCUGCCGCAGUGGUUCCUGCUCCGCGCGUGGCCACGGCUGACCGCGCGGCAGCGCCGCACGGCCGUCCUGCGCGCCGCGAGCACCGGGGACGCCGAGGCAGUGUUGUGGGCGCUGGACAACGGCUGCGACGAGGGCGAGGAGCUGUGCACAGCGGCGGCGUUCAACGGCCACCUCGACGUGCUGCGCGUCGCCCGCGCGGUCGGCGUCCCGUGGAACGAAGAUGCAUGCUGGGUGGCGGCGUGGCGCGGGCACAGGGCGGUGCUGCGCUGGCUGCACUUGGGCGGCUGCCAGCUGUCAAGCAUCGCGUGCGAGGGCGCGGCCUUGGGCGGGCACUUGGAGCUCCUGCGCUGGGCGCGCGCCGCUGGCUGCCCCUGGAACUCUUUCACGUGCGCCGCGGCGGCGCAGGGCGGCCACCAGGAAGUGCUGCGCUGGGCGCAUGACUCCGGCUGCCCCUGGGACGGCGUCGCUUGCAAUGCCGCCGCGCAGGGCGGCCACCUGGGCGUUUUGGAGUGGCUGCGCAGCGCCGGCUGCCCGUGGUCGGCCACAACGUGCAGCGCCGCAGCUGGUGGCGGGCACUUUGCCCUGCUGCGCUGGGCGCACACCCACGGCUGCGAAUGGGACGCUGCGACGUGCGCCGCGGCGGCCGAGGGCGGACACCUAGAGCUGCUGCGCUGGGCACACAGCGAAGGCUGCCCCUGGGACGCCACAACUUGCUCCGCCGCGGCCGCGGGCGGCCACUUUGAGAUCCUGCAGUGGGCGCACGGCGCCGGCUGCCCCUGGGACGAAUCCACCUGCACAAAAGCAGCGCAAGGCGGGCACCUUGGGUUGCUGCAGUGGGCACGCGGGGAAGGCUGCCCCUGGGACAAAUCAACCUGCGCGGAAGCGGCACGGGGCGGCCACUUUGACAUCCUGCAGUGGGCGCGCAUCGCCGGCUGCCCCUGGGACGUGGAGACGUGCCAUGCGGCGGCGGAGCGGGGCCACCUUGGCGUGCUGCAGUGGGCCAUCUUUGCCGGCUGCCCCUGGGACGCUGCGGUGUGCGAGCAGGCUGCGAAAGGGGGCCACCUGGACGUGUUGCAAUGUGGGCGCGCAGUCGGCUGCCCGUGGGACGAGAAGACGUGCGCGGCUGCGGCCGCAGGCCGCCGGCUGUGGGUCCUGCAGUGGGCGCACGAAAACGGGUGCCCCUGGGAUGUCAGGACGAGCCUCGCCAUUGCGAUCUGCGGCCACCUCGAUAUGCUGCGAUAUGCGCUGAUGGAUGGCUGUCCCUGGAUCCGCAUCCUCUGCCGCGCCACCGCCGAGGGGCUCGGCCACUCGGACGUUGCGGCGUGGAUCGACAGCCACCCGGACUAG